GAAGUCGGAGAAGGAAGUAAACAAUCAAAACAUCAGAGGAGGCUGCAGGUUGUAGUGUAGUUGUCGGGGAGCUGUACAGACGGCCAAGAGAGACUCCCCCGAAUGUCGCGGAAAGCGAAGGAGGAGUACCACAGGUUCUUCAGCGUGACAGAUCCACGUACUCAUGAGAAGGGGUACACAGAGUACAAAGUCACAGCCAGGUUUGUUUCAAAGAAGAGGCCAGAGGAUGCGAAAGAGGUGGUGGUGUGGAAGCGGUACUCGGAGCUGAAGAAGCUUCAUGGAGAGCUAUCCUACACACACCGCAACCUUUUCAGGAGGCUGGAAGAGUUUCCUUCCUUCCCUCGGUCUCAGGUCUUCGGGCGGUUUGAUGAAGCUGUGAUAGAAGAGCGACGAACAGCAGCAGAAGCCAUGCUUCUCUUCACCGUCAACAUCCCUGCCCUGUACAAUAGCCCACAGCUCAAGGACUUCUUCAGGGGUGGGGAAGUAAGAAGGCCACUGGACAGCACCCCUCCCCCAUCAUCCUCCCCCCUGCCGCCUCCUCUCAUACCUCUGCCUGAAGGAUUUUCAAACAAUGGUAUGGAAGAAGAAAAGGGGACUGAAGCAUCAUCCCCACAAGAUGGAGUUGGACUAGAUGAACCUGAGGCUGCAGUAGAGGCCUACAAUGAGAUGGAAGACAGCCCAACCUCCAUCACAGAGACUGGGGCAUCAGGAGAACCAGAAAACAACACUGACUCACCGCCCAGGGCAGCCAGCCCUGGUUCUGCUUGUGUCAGAAGGGACCAGACAGAGUCUCAGGAUGAGUUUGACUUGCUGUUUGACUCUGUAGCGGAGGGACUUCCAGAUGAACAGCCACCACCCCUUUCAGACUCUGAUCUCGCCAUCUUCGACCCCUGUGCCAAAGAAGAUCAGCCCGACGCGCCGCAUGACCACUCUGAGCUGAUGUCACUCCUAUUGGCCGACCCACAUAGCCCUGUAGGGCCGAGCGGGGAGGCGGGGUACCUGGCACAAGCAGCCAAUGAGCUGAAUGCAGCAGUGGAAGAAGAGAAGGGGGGGGAGUAUAGUGGCGCGAUACUGCGAUACAAGGCUGCUGUGGAUAUACUGAUCAAAGGAGUACAGGGCGACCCGGACCCACAGCGCCGGACGUCUGUGAAGAGGAGAACGGUGCAGUACCUCCAGCACGUAGAGGCGCUGCUCUCCCUGCAGGGUCCCACAGGCUCCAAGGACCAGGACACGUAGGUGGGGGCCCGCAAGCAGAUGCCCCCAUGUCCAAAGAGACUGUCUGUCACUCCUGCAAACCAAUGAGCACAAUGUAAAAAUAAACUCUAAGCAUUGGUAAUAAUUCCAGUUAGACUUAAUUUGGCUAACUUCCCAGUGAGCCCUGCAGCUCUAUAACUUUGAUUUGAUUCCUUCAAACUUAGUCUUGUUUGUUUUUUAGUUAUAUUUUCAGUGUAAGUAAUGUUUGUGUAUUGGCUCAUUUGAAAGAUUUUGUAGAAUAAAACAAUGUGUCUGAUU